AAAAUUCCAUCAACAUCAUACAUCGCGAUCGCGAGUAAAACGAUCUCAGUACUUGAUCGAUUUUAUUUGUCAUUUUUUAUCGUAGUUUUUCUUCACACACAAAAAAAAAGAAAAGUAAAAAUAUAUUUCGGAUUUUGGAAUUUUCCUUGAAGUGUUUUCGAUCUGACGGAUCCAUAAUUUACAAAAAUAUGACGGAAAUUGAAAAGUGUGAGUUAGUAAUGGAAUCGGUUCCUUCACUCACUUCGUGUUCAUAUCUCGUGGAAAGAAUAAAGGCUGAAGAAGUCCCCCUAUCGACCGCUGAUUCAGCUCUUCCUCCCUCCUCCGCCCAAGACUCACUAUCAUUUCUUCUAAAUGACGAUGAAGUUAAUUUGGAGAAUAUCGAGAAUUUUGAAAAUUCGGAUGUGAUCAGCAGCAGUAACACCAGUGAUGUACAUUCAAGCGAUUCAGCAUUUGAGAGUUUCCAGCUUAGCGGUGCAGACAACAGCCUGAUGGUAUUGAACGUUGCCGAUCUCGAUCACGAUCAACAGCAACUGUCACAGAGUAAUAGUGAGCCAUCGGAGCUUCUAGGGCGCUAUAGAUGUAAUUAUGAAAAUUGUACCAGGAGCUAUAGUACCAUCGGGAACUUACGUACACAUCUGAAGACACAUCGAGGAGACUAUCGUUUUAAAUGUAACGAGGAAGGGUGUGGAAAAGCUUUUCUCACUUCGUAUAGCUUAAAGAUUCACAUCCGUGUGCAUACUAAAAUCAAGCCAUACGAAUGCGAAGUGGUAGGAUGUGAUAAAGCAUUCAAUACAAGAUACAGAUUACACGCUCACUUGCGUCUUCAUAAUGGAAAGACGUUUAAUUGUGAACAGUGUCAGAAGUGCUUCACUACUCUGAGUGAUUUGAAGAAGCACAUGCGAACCCACACUCAAGAACGUCCAUAUCGGUGUCCCGAAGACAGCUGCGGAAAGGCCUUUACAGCUUCGCACCAUUUGAAAACUCACAUUCGAACUCACACCGGAGAAAGACCAUAUCCUUGUCAGGAAAACAGUUGCCAAAAAUCAUUCAGUACCUCGCAUAGUUUGAAGUCACACAAGAAAACCCAUCAAAGGCAGUCCGAACCACGUAAGAUGAGGAAACGCAAGUCAAAGCGUUGCAAUAGCCCGAAUAGCCUAACUCAUUCGUGCUCACAAAGUGAGAACGAGAGCAGUGGCUUCGUGGAUGAUAAUCCCAGCCUCACAAACGAGUCUAGGGAAGGAUUUUUUAAUAGCUUAGAAACUGAUUCGACUAUUUUUCAACAGCCUCAUUCAAAGGAAGAAAAGCUAACUAAACUUCAACCAAUAGAAUCAAUGUUUGCUUCAAAGAAAACCUCACAAGCACUUCAAUUGGCUUAUGCAUCCGAGGAGGAGAUUCCAAUGCCAUGGUUUGACACAGGAGUACUUGCUUCCAAGCCAAUAGUUCCAAUGGCCAGAGUUACUCCGGCAUGUGUUGCCCUUCCAACAGCACUGCCCAGUUUUGUUGAUCUACCGAUAUCGAAUUCGAACACAGGUUCUUCUCAAGUCCUUCCUCCGGAGAAAUUAGAUAUCAUGCGAAUGGAAUCACAAUUACCAUGUCAAUCAUCGUCCAAUGCAAUGGAAGAUAUUAAAAUGGAAACGAAUGCAAUGGCCAAUUUUGAAAUGAACAUGCAGUCCCAAGUAGGACAGUCUUCAUUUAUGGAUUCCCCUACAAAUUAUGUUGCCAUUAACAACAACCAAGAUAACCAAUCUACCAAUAUGGACAUUGACUCUUACUUUGUUCAGUUUGAUCAUUCCAACAAUAAUACAAAUGCAACGCUCACCGCCGAGGCAAAUAUAUAUACAAACUCGACGGACAAUCUUGAGUCUCUCUUGAAGGAAACUGCACCAACCGAAACAUCGUACCCAGGUCCAGAUCUGGAAACAGAAUCACUCCUCAAUGACAUUUUGAUGGCAAUCGAAGGUAACCAAAAAGUAUUUCCACCCGAAGAAGAGUUAAGUCCUCCUGAAAAACCAACUCUCAAACAAAUAACAGCCGAUGCGGGGAUUUGUAGUUGCACAAAUUGCAAAUGCGAUCAAACUCUAGGAUGCCAGGGUGGUUGUUCUAAUGAGAAGGCUUGUCAUCGGAAGAAGUCUACAAAAUGCCAAUCAGAUAAAAUACGGUCUUCUCCUUCAAAUUGCUGCCAAAAGAAACAACCACAGCCACCUCCGACAAAAUCCUGUUGCAAUGAGAAAAACACUGAAACACAUACACCACCGCCUGUUACUGCUGGUUGCUGCGGCGAUAAGAAAUCCCAAGUCAAUCAAAACAUUGAAGAUGUUGCUAUGUUGAUUCAAAACCUCGCUUCAAUGGGAACUGGUGGAGGUGGUGGUGGUUGUUGUUCUUCAAAACCAACUCCGCCACAGCAGCAACAGCAAUGCGGUGGAGGAGCUUCAACUUGCACUCCAAUGCCUCCGCCAACGGCUGUAAAACCUACUUCAAACUGUUGCUCCAAAGAGGUUCCCAAGGCUACUGCUAACACUAAGGUGGCAGAGGCUCCCAAGAAUUCAUCAUGCACAUGCAAAUCCCCAGCCGAAGGAGUCGCCAAUGGCUGUUGCGUUGUAAUAUGCAUGAAAACGCUCCAAGCACUUCGUAGAUUACUCACGCGCAAGAAUAUUAACCUUAUGCUGUGUCCCAAUCAAGGUCAAGCAAGUGGAGUAGCAUCGAAUUGAUGUUUCCAUUCACCCUUAAUUUCGAAAACCAAAGAAAAAAGUGCAUACCGGCUUUCAAUCUAUCAUUUUGAAUGAUUAGUUGAAUAAGAUAACCAAAUAUAUGCAUUUUAAUGCUACUUUACUUUGUCUACAUACAAAUAUGCCUCUUUUUUAAUUUGUUCGUUUUUUAAGCAGUUUUUGUUUUUAUUUUAUUUUUGUUUUAACUAAAAUAUAUAUAUUUUUAUUUGCUGUUAUGCUGUAAAGCCAAAUUACAUAAAUAUGUUGUUUAAAUAUGCUGUUAUUAUGCUUUAAAAUGUACAAGCUCAAUAACUUAACUGCGCUGGAUCAAAUUUUAUUAUGUGCAAUAAAUGUAUUAGA